AUGGAUUCGGCCGGUGAUCCUAUCGAUCGGAUCAGUGCCCUUCCCAACGAGCUGCUGCACGCCAUCCUCGCCGCCGUCGGCGAGGCGACCGCUGUCAUGCGCACGGCCGUGCUCUCCAAGAGAUGGCGUCGCGUGUGGAUCCACGCCCAGCGCCUCAAGCUCGAGGACACCGAAGUACUGGUGCGCGACGCCGCCACGCGGGCCUGCUGCUUUGCGGGUUUCGUGGACUGGGUGUUGGCUCACCGCGGCGACGCCAGCAUCGGAUGUCUCGAGAUCAGAAUGUCCGAGGAGCACGACGGCACGGUCUUGCAGGAGCGGGCCAACGAGUGGCUCCGCUACGCCGCGCGGCACGUCGCCAUUCGCCAAGGCCUUCCCGGCGCCAAGUAUGAAGCGCUUACGGUUCUCGAGCUCUCCGGCGCCGCCUUCGACGAGGACGCGUCUGGCGGCGAUGUGCGCACGUGCACCCUCGGCGGCUUCGUGUCGUCCUGCUGCCCUCGCCUGCGCAAGCUCUACAUCGGUUUACCUCAAGGGCUGCCGCAGCUGGUGAUCCACUCGGAGAUGCUGGAAGAGCUCAGGCUCUUCCUGGCGGAGCUGAGAACGCUGGACGUGGCGGCGCCUAGCCUCCGUGUCCUGAAGCUCGAGCUCUGUUUCCACGACGCGACAUCAGUGGUCACGAUUGCGGCUUCGAUGCCGAGGCUCGAGGAGAUGGCACUCUCCUACCAGGCCAUCAACGGGCCUCCGAGCCUGGACAUACAUGACAGGGGUAGCUGUAACGAAUAUGACUCUAUUAGGCCAUUAUUUGUGAUUUUGGUGAUUGUGUGA